CUUUAAACCGAAGCCCAUCCCUCCCUCACCUCCACACGGUGUAUGUGGCGCGUCCCCGGUAAACUGCCUCACCCUCCCACCUCAGUGGCCUUAAAUCAUCACUGUCCGGCGUCAAGUCCGAAUUCAAACCCCGGAACCUCAUCAUGACCUCGGCGACAGGAACAACCAGGGCGCCUCUACCAGAAACAUAUUUAUAACGCCAACUUAAUAAGGCUACUCCUGUGUCCUUCCCCUCCUCUUCUAUCCAUCAGCAGACAGUCCCAUGGGCCAUAGCAGAAGGACGGCAGCAGAGUGGAGAUGUUCAGAAAGAGGCCUCCUCCAGAGGAGGAGAGGAGGGUCAGAGCCAAUGACAGAGAGUACAACGAAAAGUUUCAGUAUGCGAGUAACUGCAUUAUGACAUCCAAGUACAACGUCGUCACCUUUCUGCCUGUCAACCUGUUUGAGCAGUUCCAAGAAGUAGCCAACACCUAUUUCCUUUUCCUGCUCAUACUGCAGUUGAUACCUCAGAUCUCCUCCCUGUCCUGGUUCACUACCAUCGUGCCUUUAGCCCUGGUGCUGAGCAUCACUGCAGUAAAGGAUGCCACAGACGACUAUUUUCGUCACAAGAGCGACAACCAAGUGAACAAUCGUCAGUCUCAGGUCCUCAUUCGUGGCUCGGUUCAGAGUGAAAAGUGGAUGAAUGUUCGUGUGGGUGAUAUCAUUAAACUGGAAAACAACCAGUUUGUGGCAGCUGACCUGCUCCUGUUGUCCAGCAGUGAACCUCACGGGCUCUGUUACAUUGAGACAGCCGAGCUGGACGGAGAGACCAAUAUGAAGGUUCGUCAGUCUGUCUCCGUGACAUGUGAACUUGGAGACCCAAACAACUUGGCUUCCUUCGAUGGCGAGGUGGUGUGCGAGCCCCCUAACAACAAGCUGGAUCGUUUUUGUGGGACUCUUUACUGGAGGGACAAGAAAUACACCCUGACCAACCAGAACAUGCUGCUCAGAGGAUGUGUCCUCCGCAACACUGAGGCCUGCUACGGCCUUGUCAUAUUUGCAGGCCCAGACACCAAGCUAAUGCAGAACAGCGGCCGCACCAAAUUUAAGCGUACGAGCAUCGAUCGCCUGAUGAACACUCUGGUCCUCUGGAUCUUUGGCUUCCUGGUGUGCAUGGGGAUCAUCCUGGCUGUGGGUAACGCAGUGUGGGAGAGAGAAGUGGGGUCCCUGUUUCAGAGCUACCUGCCUUGGGACCCUCCUGUGGACAACUUCUUGUUCUCAGCCUUCCUGUCUUUUUGGUCCUACGUCAUCAUUCUUAACACCGUGGUGCCUAUCUCUCUAUAUGUCAGUGUGGAGGUGAUCAGGCUGGGUCACAGUUACUUCAUCAACUGGGACCAGCAUAUGUUCUGCUCCCAGUGUAACACAGCAGCUGAGGCCAGGACCACCACUCUGAACGAGGAGCUGGGUCAGGUUGAAUACAUCUUCAGCGAUAAGACAGGAACUCUCACUCAAAAUAUCAUGAGCUUCAACAAGUGCUCCAUCAAUGGACAGACUUAUGGUGAAAUAACAGAUCCGUUGGUAACUGUUCCAAAGAAGCUGGACUUCACUCCCUUCAACCCCCUGGCCGACCCGGAUUUCUGUUUCUAUGACGAAAAGCUGCUGGAAUCAGUAAAAGUGGGAGACUUACACACCCACGAGUUUUUCCGCCUGCUGUCCCUCUGCCACACCGUCAUGAGCGAGGAGAAGAGCGAAGGAGAGCUGGUCUAUAAGGCUCAGUCUCCGGACGAGGGUGCCCUAGUGAAAGCUGCUCGGAACUUCGGCUUUGUGUUUCGCUCCCGAACCCCCGGAACGAUCACCACCACAGAGAUGGGACGAACUGUCACCUACUCACUGCUCGCCAUUCUGGACUUCAACAACAUACGCAAGAGGAUGUCUGUUAUAGUUCGUAGCCCAGAGGGCAGGAUCCGACUUUACUGUAAAGGAGCUGACACUGUGCUGUUGGAGAGACUCCACCCUUGUAACCAGGAACUGAUGAGUAUCACCUCAGACCACCUCAAUGAGUACGCAGCAGAUGGGUUGAGGACUCUGGCCCUGGCCUACAGGGACCUGUCAGAGGACGAGUGGGAGGCCUGGUCGGAGAGCCACCGCUUCGCUGACAAGGCCACCGACUGCAGGGAGGACAGGCUAGCAGCAGCUUAUGAGCAGAUAGAGCAAGACAUGAUGCUCCUGGGUGCCACGGCUAUAGAGGACAAGCUGCAGGAAGGCGUCCCAGAGACCAUCGCUGUCCUCUCUCUGGCCAACAUCAAGAUCUGGGUUCUUACUGGAGACAAGCAGGAAACGGCCGUCAACAUAGGUUAUUCCUGUAAGAUGCUGACGGAUGAUAUGACGGAGGUGUUCAUCAUCAGCGGACACACCGUUCAGAGCGUACGGCAGGAGCUCAGGAGGGCGAGGGAAAAGAUGAUUGAGCUGUCACAAACCAGAGAUGGAGGGAAGGAGGAAGGGAUGGAAGAGAUGGGGGAGGCGUGUUUCAUGGGUAAUGGCUUCAAGGAAGGACAAGAAGGAGAUGGUACAGCCACAUCAGCAGCCACAUCAGCAGCAGCAGCAGGAGGAGGAGGAGGAGGAGGAGGAGGAGUAGGAGGAGCAGGGGGAGAAGGGAAACAAAUACAGUGCCCCACACCCUCUCCUCCCUCUAACCUCUUGGACAACAUCUCUGGAGAGUUUGCCCUCGUAAUCAACGGUCACAGUCUGGCCCAUGCACUUGAAGCGGACAUGGAGCGAGAGUUUCUGUCGACGGCGUGCGCGUGCAAAGCAGUGAUCUGCUGCAGAGUCACGCCGCUGCAAAAGGCUCAGGUGGUGGAGCUCAUCAAGAAACACAAGAAGGCGGUGACUCUGGCGAUCGGAGACGGCGCCAACGACGUCAGCAUGAUCAAAAGUGCUCAUAUUGGAGUCGGUAUUUCGGGUCAGGAGGGGAUCCAGGCUGUGCUGGCUAGCGACUACUCCUUCUCCCAGUUCCGCUUCCUGCAGCGCCUCCUCCUGGUCCACGGGCGCUGGUCCUACUUGCGCAUGUGUCGUUUCCUCUGCUAUUUCUUCUACAAGAACUUUGCCUUCACCAUGGUGCACUUCUGGUUCGGCUUCUUCUGCGGCUUCUCCGCGCAGACAGUAUAUGAUCAAUACUUCAUCACACUCUACAACAUUGUCUAUACCUCCCUCCCUGUGCUGGCCAUGGGGAUAUUUGACCAGGAUGUUCCUGACCAGAGGAGUCUGGAGUAUCCCAAGCUGUACGAGCCCGGGCAGCUCAACCUCCUCUUCAACAAGAGAGAGUUCUUCAUCUGCAUCGCCCAGGGCAUCUACACAUCAGUGGUGCUGUUUUUUGUCCCCUACGCCGUCCUGUCCGACGCCACUCAGAGCACCGGAGUGCCCCUGGCCGACUACCAGACCUUCGCGGUCACCACAGCAACAUCCCUGGUUAUUGUGGUCAGUGUACAGAUCGCUCUUGACACAGGCUUCUGGACUGUUAUCAACCAUGUGUUUGUGUGGGGCUCUCUGGGCUCCUAUUUCACCAUCAUGUUUGCUCUGCACAGUCAGACUCUCUUCAGGAUCUUUCCCAAUCAGUUCCACUUUGUAGGUAGUGCCCAGAGCACAUUAUUGCAGCCGGUCGUGUGGUUGACUAUUGCACUGGCUACAGCAAUAUGCAUAGUUCCAGUUUUGGCAUUCCGCUUCCUCAAGCUGGACCUCAAACCUCAGCUCUCAGACACGGUACGUUACACUCAGCUGGUGAGGCAAAAGAGACGCAAACCUCUAGGUCGGAGCAUUGGAGGCGCCUGGCGUGGUGUCGGCGGUGUGUCAGAGGGCCGUCUGGGCGCUCGCAGCGGUUCCAGGAGGUCGGGAUAUGCCUUCGCCCACCAGGAGGGCUUUGGAGAGCUGAUCACUUCAGGGAAAAACAUGAGGCUCUCCUCUCUGGCCCUGGCUUCAUUUGCUUCCAGACACAGCUCCAGCUGGAUCGACACGCUGCGAAGGAAGAAAGCCACUCACACUCACACUCCCACCAGCACCUCAGGGGAGUGCAGCCCCGCGCCCAGCUUCGUCUCCGGGUCCGUUCCACCUCUUUCGAACUCUUCCUCUGUUCUGGGUGGCUCCCAAGAUACACCCAUCGAGGAGGAAACGGUUGCAGCACCACCUCAGAAUACACAGACUGCCCUCACUUCGUCCACACAAACCCCACCAGCUUUACCACCAGCCGCAGAAGGAGCUGCGCCUACGGCCUCAGCUCAGGCCUCGAGUGCCGGCACCUCCACGGCGUCGAAGCCCCACGGAGGAGACUCACCUGGAGGCUGGACCCUCUCUUUGGGGACUGUGCAGGAAGCUCUGUUUGGUUGGAAGGGUAUCACGACUCGUACCAGUGCAUCCAGCAGCCCUGGCCCACCCUCUGUUGCCAAGGAAACCAGUCAGAAUGAGUGAAAGUUGUGCAAAGAGGUGAAUGAAUCCCGCAUCUGCUACCAUCUGCCAGAUGUUUGCACACACGUACAUGAUGCGUUGUGUGCUUUUCUGGAAAGAUACUAAGACUGGAGAGAACACACGGACUGUAAUAAAAAAAAAAAGCAAAAAAAAAAAAACACAGUGUUCUGGUCUCAAAAUAAAUCGUGCAAGAGGAAGCGGCCCCAUUCUAAUGAGAUGGACUUGGACUGUCCCAGCUAUAAAUGAACAUUUCAUAGUGAGGUAGCUGAUCCCAAAAUGUGUGAUGACUGUGUUCAUAAACGGCUAAGAUUUACUUUAUAUAUGUGAUGGUGCAGAAACACAAGAUAACUAGCUCUGAAUUAUCUGGAAGGUUGUUUCUGCUUAUUUUACAAGCCUCACUUACAACUAAGCCACUCAUCUCUUCGGAUUACCAAUGAGAUGAAUGAAUGAAGCCAGUUUUAACCAGUGAGGUGCAGCCGUUAUUGUUUAUAAAAAUCAGCGUCUCCAGUGUGUCCACUAUAGUUCUCAAUGAGAACGUUUUUUAUUUAUUUACAGUCGCAAGAUUUCUAUCCUUUUUCUUUUACUGAUAUGUUUUCUUACUUGUUGCACUGUGUUCCACAUCUCCCACAUCUUUUUGCAUCAUAUUGAUGUGUUUAUAAUGGCCUUGUUGAGUUGCACCUUAAAUUAAAAUGUCAGUGCUUUCAGGCCAGAGCAACACAGUCUGAAAACAAACUGCCACUGGUUUACUUUGAGUUGGACCGUUGGGGCAAAGUGGAAAAAAAAUACAAUAAAAACAAUAAAAAAAAGUUACACUGUAAGGAAAUUGAUAUUUAAAGUUGAUAAAUGUCAUUCUACGAGUAGACAGUUGUGUUGAUUCAUACUGUGUACUUACACUCAGUCACUCAGUGAAGUGCUUUAAAUGAAGGGAAGCUGUCUGUGAAUAUCAAUGCCUUAAAAAUGCCAACAUAUUGGCUCAUGCUUUGAUUGAUUUCUUUACCCUCAGUCUAUCUGUUUGCAUAUUUGUUGCAAACAUUCCUCUCAAAUACUGACCCCUGAUCAAUUUCAGGCUUAGCUAAUCAUGAAAUGACCAGAGGAACAAUAUGAAUGCUCUUGGACAUCUCCCUGUACGACUGUCGUCAAGUAAGCAGGUUGGUCUUCCGAAAAAUAUUUUGGAAAUGAAUGUACUGUACAGCAUUCGGCCCAAAGGACUAAAUUAUCUUGGUGGAACACGGAACUGUUGAAUAAAAAAUGUCACCUCUCUUUAA